AUGGCGAUUUUUGAUGAGGCCUUCAACUCAGUUGUUGUUUUGGGUUUUGCCAGACCGCUCGACCUUGGCUGGACCAAGUUUGAGACCUUUUUGACGGGUCCUGGAGAUGCUGUAAUCGCAGCAGAUUCCUUCUUGUCUUUCUCUUUUGCACCGAACAAUUUCAAUUUCAGUGUUUUUGAUUGACCUGCUGAAUCAGCUGUCGAAAACUUGGGCUUGAUGUUUGAGGACGGUUUGCCGGAAUCAGUCGAGCCUUGUGCUGUUGAACUUGCUGGAGGCUUAAGGGCCGUCGGCUUCGUAAUUGCAGGCUUAGAUGUUGACUGCGAUUUGAUGGCAGAUGUUUGGAUCUGUCCUGGUUUCACAAGUGAAGGUGUUUUCUGAUUCCCAGUUGAUGACGCCGAGCCGGUUUUCGGAUUCGAAGUGGAAGUGGAGGCGUUCUUUUUGGGAGUUGAACUCACGUCCGGAAUAGAUGUGUAUGUUGACGACGAGGCGAUCGAACUCGAAUUAGAUGAGCUUAUCGUCGAACCAUUGUUGUUUCUCUCGAUUGGGCAAUUCUGGUUGGUUGCAGUAGUUUUGAUCCAGAUGAUGGAGCAAUAUUUGAUGCUUGUGUGCUCGAGACAGGGCGCAACGGGGACGGCAGCCUGGAAAUAA